AUGCAGAAUUUUGUGCUCCAAAUUCGUCUAAUCGGUGCUGAGACAGCUCUCCAAUUUCGCGAUGCAUUAAUCGAAAUUCCUUCACCCCACCACACAUUAACAAUUCAUUGGCGUGGAUGGCGUGUUGAUAUAUAUUCUUUACAAUCCCCCUUUGAAGUUCGUGCAUUGGCUGGAAGUGAAAUGUUGAGAAUUAAUUGUUAUCAAGAAGCCUUGACAGUUGAUGUUUUUGCUGAUAGUAUUACUGUAGAUGUUAAAAGAUUGUCUAGGUGA